AUGGACCUGUUCUCCGCCGCCUGCGAGAACUUCGGUCUGGUCAUCAACACCCAGAAGACGGUGGUGAUGCAACAACCGCCACCCAACUCGGCCACAGCCCCCAACGCGCCGCCGCAAAUCAGCGUGGAUGGGACGCAACUGCAAGUGGUGGAGAACUUCCCGUACCUGGGCAGUACUCUCUCCCGCAACACCAAGAUCGACGACGAAGUCGCCAACAGGAUCUCGAAAGCCAGUCAAGCCUUCGAUCGCCACCAAAGCACAGUUUGGAAUCGCCACGGUCUUCAGCUGAGUACGAAGCUGAAGAUGUACAAGGCCGUCAUCCUGCCGACACUACUGUAUGGAGCGGAUACUUGGACGGUGUACGCAAAGUAGGAGCGUCGUCUGAACCACUUCCACCUCAGUUGUCUUCGUCACAUCCUGAGGCUAAAGUGGCAGGAUCGAAUCCCCGACACUGAUGUGCUGGAACGGACGGGAAUCCUCAGCAUCUACGCCAUACUGAGACAAAUUCAGCUGCGCUGGAGCGGCCACCUGGUGCGCAUGGACGACGAGUGACUACCCAAACGACUCUUCUACGGAGACGUCGUGACGGGUUCUCACCGUCAAGGAGGCCAGAUUUGCCGUUACAAGGAUACCCUGAAGUCCUCCGUGAAAUGCCUGCAAAUCAACCCCGCCAACUGGGAGGAGCUCGCACUCGACCGACCGACCUGGAGGAGGACAGUGAAGACAGGCGCUGCGAUCUACAAAUCCAACCCCAUCGCUGCCGCCAAAGCGAAACGUGAAGCCCGCAAAUCACUACUUCGCCCAGUAAGCAACGUCGCCGCACAACCGCUUCCAACGUAUCCCCGAUGUCAACGGACAUUCCGGGCUCGAAUCGGACUUGUUGGACAUCUUCGGAUUAACUGCGCCUCUCGAACGGCACCAGCCAUCGCCCCCCGCCUGCCUCUUCCUCCUCCUCUCCGCCGCCAACUAACCCUGACAAUUCUUCUGACCCACCACUUCCAGCAUCAUCAUCAUCAUCAUCAUCAUCAUCAUCAUCAUCAUCAUCAUCAUCAUCAUCAUCAUCAUCAUCAUCAUCAUCAUCAUCAUCAUCAUCAUCAUCAUCAUCAUCAUCAUCAUCAUCCUCGCCCACUGCUCCAACGGCGGCCGCUCAGGCGACUGUCCCACGCACAGCAACCGACACUACCACCACCUCCCCGACUCCAGGGAUGAGGAUCAGGACUACACCUGCCCUCACUGCGACCGUACCUUCAACUCACACAUCGGCCUGGUCGGUCACUUGCGAAUCCAUCGCACAGAGACUGGCGAACCAGUGCGUGAAGCACCAACCUACACCCACCGCACUCGUCUCCACUGCCCACACUGCCCUCGCACCUUCAGGCAUCGCAUGGGCCUUUUCGGCCACAUGCGCAUCCGGGAGAGCGGCCUUGACCGCACUCCCGACACGCCCACCACAUCCAACACAUCCACCGUGCACACCCCCGCUCUCGUUCCAUCGGUCCGCGCCACCACCACCACCACCACCACCACCACCGCCUCCUCUGUAGCUGACACUGACACCGCCGACUUCUCAUGCCCACGCUGUCCACGCACAUUCACCUCACGCAUCGGCCUGGUCGGACACUUGCGAAUCCAUCGCACAGAGGCUGGCGAACCAGUGCCUGGAGCACCCACCUAUACCCACCAAGCUCGUCUCAACUGCCCACACUCUCCUCGCACUUUCAGGCAUCGCAUGGGCCUUUUCGGCCACAUGCGCAUCCACGACGACCUGCGGUAG